AUGAUGACAGCCAGCAAAAAUAUGCCGUCUACUUUCAGUUCGAUACCACGUCACUGCAACAUCUCCAUGUGACAUUUCCAAGACUUCAUCAAAAAGAAAUAAAGAAAACACCCAAAAAUGUCCGAACACCGACCAGAAAUCAUAAAACACGUGAAGCAACUGGAAAACCAAAAUAAUAAGUUACGAAAACUGCUCGGAACCGCUUUAGAAGUAGCCGAUAAAGAUUAUUGUUCCUUCACCAGAUUAAAACUGGAAUCUGAAGUGUUGGCAGGCGAAAUGAAUGAGUUGCAGAUGGAGAAACAUCAAUUAGAAGACACUAUUGCGGCUGUUAUAUCAGAAGGCUCCGAUAACAUAGAUCACACAAUCUAUAAUUUAGAGAAAGAACACGUAGAACUGCGUUCUAAACUAGAAGAGGUACUAAACGAAAUACGUAAAGGAGAUCUAGAAAUAAAUCAACUAAAAUCUGAAGACGCAGAGUUAAAGAAGACCAUUGCAAAAUUAGAAGACGAAAAAAGUGUUCUCUUAGGACAACUCAAAUCGGAAAUAGGUUGUAAACUGAACGCAACAUCGAGUUUAGGACAAAAACAAGAACUCAAAGAGGAACAUAUCAAGAGGCAGCCAAAAUUCAUUAAAUCAGUCGGCGGACCAAUAAGCUUGGUCGACAUGAUCAAAGAUAAAUUAUACGUCGAACUGCAAGACACUAUAUCAAAAUCAUCAGAAGAGAUAAACCAGAUAAAAGGAUCACUAUCUGAUCCUGAUAUAACGAAUUUAAUACAAGAAAUAGAAACGCAGAAGAAGAUACUGUUAAACAAUUUAAAGUUGUUGAAAUUAAAGGAAGAAAAAGAUUCAACCCCCGACGAGCCUACAACCAAUUCCAAUACUAAUCUACCACCUUUACAAAAAUCUUCAGAAAUAGAAACGGCUGCUGUAGAUCUUGGUCCAACAGAAGAAAACAGUGCGGAAAAACCAUCUACAUCCUUCGAUCAAUCGAAAUUAGAUGAACUAGUAUCUAAACUGGAAAACGAAAGAACUUUUUUACUAAAACGCUUGCAUUCUAUCUCAGAAACUUCCGCGCAACAGUUUGAGGAGCGGCACCUUCAAACUCAAAGCGAGUUACAUAGCACGUUCAUGAGAGAAGUAUCUUCAGAAGAAAUCACCGAUGGGCUAAAUAAAAGAUACGAUGACGCUACCAAUCAGAUGUACGCAGACGAAGAGGCCAGAUUGGAGCAGAGGAUUAGAGAAUUAGAGGCCGAGAACGAUAGGAUUAAGAAGGAGUUGGAUGCGUUGACCAAUCAGAUUAGAGGAGAGACUGUAAUCGUACCGCAAAAUAUUAUUUCUAUUCAGUUGAAGGAAAAAAUAGCAGAAAUGGAGAAGAAUGAGUCGAUUUUGAUGCCCAAGCAGUGAUUCUAUGUAUUUGUUAAUAACGAUAUUAAAGCGGUUGAUGAGUAGAU